AUGUUCUCUUUAUGUAAAUUCCUCUCCUGGCCUAUCUCUCAUCGCUUCCGAAUUGCGGGUAUCGUUUCUCCAUGCGAAAUGAACGACAUUUUAGCUGUCGGGGCUGACCAGAUGACGCCCAUCGCUGAUCACCAAACUCUUUCGAGUCCCCACACCUCGCAUCCCAUUGUCAAGAGCCUGAGAGAGCAAGGGAUUUCCUUUGUUCGCAUCCAAUGGGUCGACCUCACCAAUGUGGUCAGGUGUCGGGUUAUACCGAUGUCCUCCUUCGACAAACUCCUUCGGUCAGAGCGACCAGCCAUAUCCAUUUCCAAGGCCGUGCUUGGGCUGGUAGGCCACCACCUUGCGGAGACCUUUAACGGCACCGGCGUAUGGUCCUACUUGCUCGACCUCACCUCGUUGAAGCUAUGUCCCUAUGCCCGACGCCAUGCAAGUGUCAUGGGCUGGUUUCACGAGGCAAGCCCUUCCCCAGCGAGGGACCUUGGGAUCAGCAUUUGCCCUCGCACCUUGCUCUCCAACGUUGUCGCCAGCAUCCAGCAAACCCAUUCCGUCGAUCUCUUGGUCGGAUUCGAGACGGAGUUUGUCUUGAUGAAUCCUGGAUCCUUGGGAUCUGUUGGAUAUCACGCUUAUUCCACCACAUCUGCUCUGUACACCGGAUGCUCAGAAGCCGUUGUCUUAGAGGAAAUCGUCCACGCCUUGCAAUCCUCUGGCAUCGAGGUGGAGAUGUAUCACGCGGAAUGUUCUCAGGGCCAGUACGAGGUCAUCACCGGCCCGCUGCCUCCCAUGCAGGCUGCAGACGCAUUGGUCCAUACUCGAGAAACCAUCUACAACAUCGCCAACAAACACGGACUUCGAGCCUCCCUUUCACCCCGCCCAUUCCAAGAGUCGGCCGGAUCUGCCAGUCACCUUCAUUUUUCUGUUCGCUCCUCCGAACCCGCCCUCGAAGAGACAGUAUCCAUUGACGGAGUCCAGCUGCGGAGAUGCGAGGCAUCGUUCAUAGCAUCUCUACUUGACCACCUGCCAUCAUUGGUGUUUUUGACUUGUCCCACUAUCCCCUCCUAUGGAAGGAUGAAAGAUGGGAUUUGGUCCGGUGGUACCUACGCAUGUUGGGGUGUAGAACAUCGCGAAACCGCGAUUCGCGUGUGCCAUCCCACUUCUCCCGCCGCACGAAACUUCGAACUAAAAAUGGUAGAUGGCACCUCGAAUCCCUACCUCGCCGUUGCCGCUCUGGUCGCCGCAGGUUCAGAGGGCAUCCGCAAUCAACAAGCGUUAACCCAAAGGCCACUCCAAGGAGCUUCAAGCGCGAUCGAAAUGACGGCUUCGCAGCGGGAAGCCUAUGGAAUCUCAAAGAGACUCCCACUAACCCUUCAAGAAGCUCGUCAAAUGUUCCAAUCAAACACGCUGCUGCGAAAGGCGUUAGGAGACGGACUCUUGCAUUGA